CUCUCACUCUCCCUUUUUUUUCCAAAGCAAGAAUUCAGAUUGACCCCCUCCCAGCUCUUCAGCGUUAGUCAGUAACUUGGAGCUUUUGGGGGAAGUUUUGCCAGCUCCCGAGCCGGAGAGGGCUGAGGAGGAAGCAGCCCGCAGCAGGCUCCUCAGAGACCGGGACAGGGGCCGACCAUGUUCUCCCCGAAUCAGACAGGACGCUGCCGCUCGCUCCUGACCCUCUCCCUGCUGGGGCUCCUGGGGUCGGUCCUGGAUGUUACCCGCGGGCGUGCCGCGCAGGACGAGGAUUACUACAUGCAGGAGCUCCUCUCCCGGGAGCUGUACUUCCGCGUCCAGGGAUCCGAGGACCCCGCGCCCUCCUCCCAGCCUCCGGACGCCCGGAGUGGGGAACGAGCCAGCCCCAAAACUGCUAAGAAAGGUCUCAAGGACCAGAGGGAGAAAGCCAGUCAGACUGACAAAAUGACCAGUGAUGCUAAGACAGCAAAACCUGGAAAUAAGAAAGUUGAGAAAAACAAGAAGGGCAAUUUGAAGACACCAAACAGCAUCAGUGAAGGAGAGGGACAUUACAAGCCUCCCAGAGAGGAGUGUCCUCCUAUGGGACUAGAGAACCUGAAGAUUGAUGACUUCCAGCUUCAUGCCUCCACAAUGAGACGAUAUGGACUGGGAGCACACCGUGGACGCCUCAAUAUCCAAGCUGGUUUGUAUGAGGAUGAAUUCUAUGAUGGAGCGUGGUGUGCUGGACGGACAGACCCUCUGCAGUGGUUUGAGGUGGACGCCAGGAGGUUAACCAAGUUCACAGGGGUAAUCACGCAAGGCAGGAGCUCCCUCUGGUCAAGCGACUGGGUAACGUCAUACAAAGUCCUGGUGAGCAACGACAGCCACACAUGGGUCACCAUUAAAAAUGGAACAGAGGACAUGAUCUUUCCGGGGAACGCGGAGAAGGAGGUCCCGGUGCGGAACGAGUUGCCCGUGCCAGUGAUCGGCCGCUACAUCCGUGUGAACCCCCGCUCCUGGCACAACGGUGGCGGUAUCUGCAUGCGGGCGGAGAUCCUGGGCUGCCCCAUGCCAGACCCCAAUAAUUACUACCACAGGCGUAAUGAGGUCACAACCACAGACAAUUUGGACUUCAGGCACCACAACUACAAAGAGAUGAGGCAGCUGAUGAAGGUGGUGAAUGAAAUGUGUCCAAACAUCACAAGGAUCUACAACAUUGGAAAAAGCCACAAUGGUCUGAAACUCUAUGCAAUCGAGAUCUCCGACAAUCCCGGAGAGCAUGAACUGGGUGAACCAGAGUUCCGCUACAUUGCCGGUUCCCAUGGCAACGAGGUUCUGGGGCGAGAGCUGAUUCUGCUGCUGAUGCAGUUCAUGUGUCAAGAGUACCUGUCCGGUAACCCACGGAUACGGCACCUCGUAGAUGAGACCCGGAUCCACCUGUUGCCCUCCAUCAACCCUGAUGGCUAUGAGAAGGCCUUUGAAGUGGGUUCUGAGCUGGGAGGCUGGUCCCUGGGUCGUUGGAGCGAGGAUGGCCUUGACAUCCAUCACAACUUCCCUGACCUGAACUCCAUCCUCUGGGAGGCCGAGGCCAAGAAGUGGGUCCCUCGGAAAGUCUUCAACCAUCAAGUGCCCAUCCCGGAAUGGUACCAAAUGAAAAAUGCCACGGUUGCUAUGGAAACGCGGGCUCUUAUAGCCUGGAUGGAGAAGAUCCCGUUUGUCCUGGGGGGGAACCUCCAGGGCGGCGAGCUGGUGGUGACCUUUCCCUACGAUAUGACGCGGACCCCGGGGAGGACCCGAGAGCAGACCCCCACCCCUGACGACCACGUCUUCCGCUGGCUGGCCUUCUCCUACGCCUCCACCCACCGGCUGAUGACCGACGCCAGCCGCCGUGUCUGCCACACCGAGGACUUCGCCAAGGAGGACGGCACUAUCAACGGGGCCUCCUGGCACACGGCCCCAGGCAGUAUGAAUGAUUUCAGCUAUUUGCACACUAACUGCUUUGAGCUGUCCAUGUAUGUGGGCUGUGACAAAUUCCCCCACGAGAGCGAGUUGCCGGAGGAGUGGGAGAACAACCGCGAGUCGAUUCUCGUCUUCAUGGAGCAGGUGCAUCGUGGGAUCAAAGGUGUAGUGAGAGAUGUACAAGGGCGGGGCAUUGCCAAUGCUACCAUCUCUGUGGAGGGGAUCGGCCAUGACAUCCGCACAGCGGCUGACGGAGAUUACUGGCGCCUGCUGAACCCGGGGGAGUAUAAGGUUUUCGCCCGAGCCCCGGGGUACACCCCAUCCAGCAAGGUGUGCGAGGUGGGCUACGACAUGGGGGCCACCAGGUGCGACUUCAUCAUCGGCCGCACCAACCUGUCCCGCAUCAAGGAGAUCAUGGAGAAGUUCGGCAAGCAGCCCAUCAAGCUGCCCGUCAGACACCUUCAGCAUCGCCUUCGACGGAGACGGCUCGGGACAUAGGGCUGUGGGGAAACACGUCUGGACACGGGGAGGGAAAGCUGGCAGCGUGCCGUCUUUUAAGACUGUCCACCGGACUCCUUGAGUGUGAGUUCCGCUGCUUGGCAGUGGAUUCUCUUUGGCCUACUCGUCUCCGGUAGAUUAAUAUUGCUUAAUUAAAGGCUAUUAUGGGUUUUGGUAAAGAGUAUUAAAUCAUAAAAAGCAAGGACAAAUAUAACCACUGCGUCUCUGCUUCACUGUUGUCCUAUUUAUUACAUUGAAGAGGAAUGACAGCGCUAGCAUAUUUCAGUACGACUGUAAUUAUUUGUAAUGUGUCUCCGAUUUACCUGAUUUUAAAUAAUUGUCCGUUAGGUUGUACUUGACUGUAUUUCCAUCUUCAAAGCAACGCCUUUACAUAGCACUGAUUCCAAAAAUGGAAAUGUCACUUCUCUGUGUCUUGUGUGAUUCCACAGGACAUGCUAAGUGCCUUUAACACAUGGUGUAUGGAAAUAUGCUGCAGAACAUUCUUACAGUUAAUCACAUGAAAAGUGUGGCUUAUUACUUCUAAGCCUCACUUUGGAAAAAAGAAAUGCAUAAAGUGCAAUAAUAAUAAUAUUAAUGACAUUAAUAAUAUAUAUGUUGGCUAUAAUGUUUUACAAUUCAUUCCCUGGAAAUGGUUCUCUGUAUUACUGCAAGACAAUGGGACCUUACCCGGCGAAUUAUUUGUAUAGCUUUUUAUUUUUAUGUAUCUCUGUUAGAGCAAACUAAGAUAUUUUUUAAAAGCAAAACUUGACUUUAAUGUAUUUAAAGUUCAUUUUGAUAAAUGCCGCAUAUGUAUCCAGAUAUACAAUGGUUAUGUAUACAAUGUAUGUAUCUCCAGUCUUUCUUACUAAUGUUUUGUAAAGGAAUAAUAUAUUUAAAGUACCUUACAGAUGCUAAAGCUAAAUAAAUCCGUGGGAUCCUUUGAUUUUAAGUAAUGUCACUUUUGUGCAGUCAGAUAUUGACUCACAUUUAAUGCAUCUGUAAGGCUUUGUAAUUUUGUACAUUAUGCAUGACAUGUUUCAAAAUGGUUUGAAUAUAAAGGGUAGCACCUUAAUAUAACAUGUUACUUCAAAUAACAUACAUUUUUCAACAAUAGAUGUGAAAUAUACUAACUGUACUAUACAAACAUCCAAAUAAACUGUUGUUUAUUUUGUUACCCAAAAUACGGGGAGAAGAAUGUAUGGCAUAGACUCAAAGUUAGCCUACAAAGUUAUGUUGAUACUUUCAUGUUCAUGUCAACAAUGUGCCUGAGAUGAUUAUAGUAAAAGUGUGUGCUUGAGCUUGUUGAACAGGUGAUCCCAAUCACAUCCACAUACCGUGUAGUUAACCUGCUGAAUGCAUGCAAGCCUCUGGCUGGCUCCUGGCGGUCUCCUGCCUUCACUCAGCACAGUACAACCAUAGCUCGUUUUGUCCCUCUGCACAUCUGCAAAACAGCUGACGUUCAGAGGAAGACUUAGAGCCAGAGCUCAUGAAGAAUUUACAGACACGUUUAAGGUGUGUGACCGUAGUUUUAAUGUCUUCAAGCAAGAUGUUUCCACUCUGAAAUCUGCAAACCCCCUCCCCCACUCUACCCCCAGUAUAUGCCAAGCAACAAAGCCUAUUGAAAGCCUGAAUAAGGCAAAUAAGACCAAUUAUAUGUUGUCCCUGAACAACUUUAUAACUGUACUGGCCCUUCUCAGCUUUUCUGCAGAUCAAUAUUCCCCAAAGUAUUUCAGCACAACACCACCUUGACUAUAUUGCACAGCUAUGACAAGGUGGUGCCGUAUACUGGAAUCUUCUUAAGGUGGCUGCUUAAUGGUUAAACUGUUGUUAAACUGACAACAAGGCUGACAAAGAAAGCUAAAACAACAAAAGAAUAUUUCAUUACAUGUGGAAUUAAACGUACUGAAUAAUCAUGUCUUGAGAAGCGCUUUAGAAUUGAUUUGAAGGCACUAGCUGUUUAUAGUUGUCUGAACAAUUCAAAAACAAGAAAAUUAGAACAGCGGUGUUCAAUUUAAUCAGUCUGUGGUAUUGUGCAGCAUGGUUCUAUUUUCCAUUUAUGCCUUUCUUAUUUUUACAAUAUAAUUUCUGCCCUGCUCUCUGAAAUGGUGGGCGCUAAUUACCCAGCAUUCUUUGCUGCUGUCACGACUGCCUGCUCACCAGCUCUGGGAGGCAGCAACCUCCUCGUCUUGCGGCUUACCAACCUGCAAUUAUGGGAAACCCUUAACUCCCAGCUGCUUUCAUUGUAACCUUCUCAGAAAUAUCAUAAAGCGUGCCAAGCACCUGUCAUAAUUUACCAAGAGCAGUGGGUGAGAAAUAUGUUAAACGGUUAGCAAUUAUCUCAUCUGGUCUCUCACCAUUUGUUUUGUGGAAUAUUACUACCAAACUAUGCUGUUUUUGCUGGUAAUGAAAAUGAACAUUUGUGUUUUUAAUAUUGUUUUGGAAUGAAAGAGCAAGUGAAAGUUCAGUGCCUUUUGAUUCACAUUUAGGGAUCAAUAGCAAAUUUUGUGUCUGGGUGCUUUUGGAAUUUCUUGUUUCUUCUUGCCAAACUGAAUAUUUUUCACGUUUGCCCAGUUUGGUAAUGGUCUAUGGCAUGUUCGUGUCAACAUGGGUCUGGGCAG